CGUCCCACCCACACUUAUAUUCCCACCUUCUUGGGGCUGGUAGGGAGCAAAACAGUACACUAAAGUCAGGUCUUGGACUCUUCAGUGAGUGUGUGUAGAGAAGGAAGAACAGUGAACGGAGCUCCAACAGUGGCUACAAACAGCCUCUCCCAAAGGCAGCUACAGAAAGACUUUCCCAAGUGAAAGCGAAAGUAGGCUGACAGAACAGAAACCGACAGGCUGCUGCCGGCCAGCAAGGGGGGUUCCCGAGAGCCGGCCUGCUCUUCUCCAGCUCAGGACCUUGCAAACACUGGGAUCGUGGAGAAGGGAGUGGGUGAAGGGGGCUCAGAGCAGCCUCCAUGGGCACCGACGCAGUGUGGUGCCUGCUGCUCUGCUUGGCUUUUUUGGGAGCAGCAGAAACCGAGUCCCCUGUGACAGAAAGGCAGUGGCGGGCAGUGGACGUGGUCUUAGAUUGCUUCUUGGUGAAGGAUAGUGGGCACCAUGGGACUCUGGCCAGUAAUGAGAACAGGGCCAAGGCCUUGCUCGUGCUGAAGCAGGUGCCAGUAUUGGAUGAUGGCUCCUUGGAAGGCUUCACAGAUUUCCAAAUGGACACUCUGGCCAAAGACAAUCUACCUGUUAUCUUUGAGGCCUCAGUGGACCUGGUACAGAUUCCCCAGGCCGAGGCCUUGCUCCACGCUGACUGCAGUGGGAAGGAGGUGACCUGUGAGAUCUCACACUACUUUAUCCAGGCCAGACAAGACGCCACUCUUGGGACAGCAGCUUGGUUCAUCACCAACGUACAGGUGUUUGGAGGGGGACCUGGUAUCUCCAUGGUGAUGAAGACCCUCGGUGAUGCUGAGACUGGGGCUGCAGGACACCCCGCGGUAAACCUGCCCCUGAGCCCCCAGGGCACUGUGCGGACUGCAGUGGAGUUCCAGGUGACAACACAGACCCCGUCACUGAAUUUCCUGCUGGGGGCCUCAGCUUCCCUGCACUGUGUCUUCUCCAUGGCACCAGGCUUGGACCUUAUCGGUGUGGAGUGGCGGCUGCAGCAUAAGGGCAGUGGCCAGCAGGUGUACAGCUGGACCACAGGACAGGGGCAGGCCAAGAGGGAAGGUGCUACCCUAGAACCUGAGCAGCUCCUCAUGGCUGGGGAUGCCUCACUUACGCUACCCAGCCUCACUCCAAAGGAUGAGGGGGCCUACAUUUGCCAGAUCACCACCUCUCUGUACCGAGCUCAACAAAUCAUCCAGUUCAACGUCCGAGCUUCCCCCAAAAUACAACUGAACUUGGUAAAUGAAGCUCAGCCACCCACCCUCAUCUGCAACAUUGCUGGCUAUUAUCCUCUGGAUGUGGCUGUGAUGUGGACACGAGAGGAGCUAGGCGGAACCCCAGUCCAAGUCCCCGGGGCCUCCUUCUCCAGCCUCAGGCAAAGCACGGCAGGCACCUACAGCAUCUCUUCCUCCCUGACAGCAGACCCUGGUUCUGCAGGCGCCACUUACACCUGCCAGAUCACGCACAUCUCCCUAGAGGAGCCCCUUGGGGCCAGCGCCUGGGUUGCCCCACCAGAGAGGAGAAUGGCCUUUGGAAUCAUCUUUGCCAGCAGCCUCUUCCUUCUUGCACUGUUGUUCCUGGGGCUUCAGAGGCGAAAAGCCACCUCGCCAAGGUUCUUGAGAUUCUGAGGAACUCUGGGUAGCCACUCUCCUGCCUCAGAGAAGAGUAGUCAAAUUCCCCCAGAGGGACUCUGGAGAGAUCCUAGGCCCUAGAGCUCAAACAGGCCCCAAGAAAGGCAUGAAGAAACCACCAGAUUUCCGGGACACUGACUCUGGCUCUCGCUGUGCAGUCUCUACCUUCAUUGUGGGCCCUGGGCAGAUACACCACGGGAGAAAAUGUAGAGGUGAGAGGGCAUCAGGAAGGCAGAAUGUCUGGGUGGAGGUUAACAUAAGAGAGCCAGAUUUGGGAUGAAAUGAUGGGGAAAGAAAACAGGAAGGAAUUAAGAAAGUGAGGGACAAUAGGGUAAAGUGUGGGGUUUGGCCCACCACUCAUAAACACUGGGGUGUGUCAAAAUAAAAGUCCCUUGUAAGCUCUGAGACAAUGCUUCUCCACUUCCCCGUCUGUCCCCACACUGGACCCAACUGAGCCCUGUCCCCAAGCCUAGCUGUUCCAACUUGCAAAGUGUUCAAGGUGUGAAUCAAAGGCCCUCAGAAGCAGCCCUGUGGCUCCAUCUCAGUUGCUCUGCAAAACCUUCCUUCGGCUCCUUCAGACAGUGGCCAUUUCAGGAUACCUAAGAACUCCUUCCCCCAUCAUCUGAAGGGGAGAGAUUUUGCCUUUAAUUCAUUUCUAAAAUGUAUGUGGUCGAAACAGUGGAACUCAGCAAAAGAAAACAAUGUGAGGGCGAUGGGGAACACAGGGUGUUCACUGGAGGCCUCAUCUGGGCGGGUCCCCUGGGACAGGCCGGGCAGGCCGAGAACCUCGGAAGGAGGUAAAUGGGAGAUGCCUGAGAAAGCCUGCAGCUGUUUGCCAGUGUGAGAAGCCCACUCAACUUCCUGUCAGCACUUCCUCUCACGAGCACCUGCGAGAGUGGGACUGCUUCAGGUACUAACGCUGAAAGCAGAGACCACUUCCUCUGCCGACACAGAUCUUUAAUCUCUUGAAGACCAUACAGCACACAGAAGCCAGCCUUUCCGGCCCCAGGCAACAUCAGACUACUAGAAAGAACCGGUACUCCCCUCCUCCCCCUCCCCAGUUCCUCCAACCCAAACAACAACCAAGUCAGUUUAGUGGUAGGAAUUUGUAUUUUUAGCCUUUGCUCAAGAAUACAUGAAAUUGGUAAAUAUGCCACAUGCCUUUGGUGGAAAUACAACUUUAUUACUCUAUACAGGUAUGAGAUUGGGGCUAGGAAAAAAGACAAAGAGGUGACGACAGACACACAGUGGAAACCCCACAACGGCUCAUGGCAAACCGAAGAAGGGGAUGUGGGAAGCUCAGCUCCAUUUGACUGCAAAGUCCCGGGGUUGAGUUGCAUAUUUGCUCAUGCACAUGGGUGGUGGGAGGGAGAGGGGAGAGCAAAGACACAGAAGAGGGCACAGGGUGGGGUGAGAAAGAAAGUAGAAGGGCUAACGCCCCCAAAAGAACAAAGCCAACUACUUGUGGUGUGCCUCGGAGGGACAGAAACUCAGAAAAUAAUUCCUAUGACAGGGCUGGGUGGGCCAAGAGGGCAGAUUUGCUCCAGGCUUGGGACACAUCGAGGACAGUGGUGUUUCUUCUCCAGCGGUGACCCCUCCAUUAGACAAGGAGGAGCCCAGGGGAGAGUGGAGACCUUCGAGGGGGGCCGGUGGGAGGGUACACUGACUGCUUUCUUCCAGCUCUUCAGUCCUGCCCAGGGCAGGACGAAGGGAAUGCGGAAAACAGGGGCAAAGGGAGAGGAAGGAUGGUUUUGCACGAUGAAAUGCUGCUACAUGGGAAGUGAGCAUCCUGACCCAGCCCAGCACGGCCUUGGCCUCCCCUGCCUGUGGGCCGGAGGAUGGACGAUAUCAAGGGCUGCAGGUAUUCCUCCUCUGUUCCCAGCCUGCCCUACUCUCCUUACCCAUUCAGUAAGGACCUCGGUCUAUCCCACACAACACCCUAUCCUGAAGGCAAGCAGUAGCCCGCAAGACAGGCCGAGCAGCUCCCGUCCUCAGGUGCCACUGUCUGUACCCAUAAACCAGGCAAAGAGGAGAAAAAGUAAGGGGGCAAAGUAGAAUUCAGAGGGGUAAGGCAGGGAGUUUUGAAGGGGAACAUACAGCAGGAAGAACAGAGAGGUGGCUCUAGCUGAGACGGCCCCGUGACAAUGCAGCAAUUCACAAACACACUGGUCUACAGGCUGUCACACCUCCCACCCAAAGGCUGAGUUGCUGGGUACACCAGACUUCUCUCAACACUCGGAUGGGCCAAACCCCAGAAAGGAUCUCUUGCCUUAUCUCUGUCUUUGGCAAGUACACAGGGGUGAUGAGGAUUCCCUAGACCCUCACUUCUAACACCCUCACAUUCCUUUAUCAACAGGGGGGAACAAGACUCUCCUCAGUGAGAGGGCAAGAAAUAGCUUCCUCUAAGGUUUUUUUUUUCCCCCCCUUCAAGCUUAUUUUUAAAUCAGGCCCUUACCUCAGUUUCUCUGUAACUAACAGGCACUCUCUCUAUGUCAACAAUUAAAAUGAACUGAGUCCAAAACUUUGGCUAUAUGAAAUUACUUGGUGCCCUUCAUGAACAAUACAGAGUGCUGCAAAGAAUCUGAAGAAGAGAUGGUCCAUUCCAGUUAGGAGCUUAUGGGACUGCUUCUAGAAUGGAAAUGAGAGUCCCAGUGUUUUCUCAAUAAGUAUUUGUUCUCAAGGCCUAGAGAGAACAAAGUGAAUGGUUGUAAAAUCCCUGAAGAUAUAGAAAAUCUUGAACUAACAGAUUAGAAACAACGGCAGGAAAAAAAAAAACAAAACAGGUUUUACUUUCUAAAAGAGUAU